GACACGCAGCAGUUGCUCCCCUCCCGCUCCUCACCAACCAACCAACCGACCGACCGACCGACCGAACGACCGACAGCGGCAUCACCGGCGACGUUCAUUCGCAUCCCCCCGUAAAAAAAAAAUAAAUAAAUAAAUAAAACCGCUCUUCGUUUCUCUACCUGUUGGACUGAACAGCCCUCAUCAUGUCUAAGGGUACAGUGGUUUUGGCCUACAGCGGUGGACUGGACACCUCUAUUAUUCUGGUUUGGCUGAAGGAACAAGGCUACGACGUCGUCACGUACUUGGCCAACAUUGGACAGGAUGAAGACUUUGAGGCUGCCCGUAAAAAGGCAGAGUGCCUCGGUGCCAAGAAGGUUUUCAUUGAGGACCUGCGUGCAGAGUUUGUGGAGGAGUUCAUCUGUCCCGCGGUUAAGGCCAAUGCUAUGUAUGAGGACCGGUACCUGCUGGGCACUGCUUUGGCACGGCCCUGCAUCGCCCGCCAUCAAGUUGAAAUCGCGCGCAGGGAGGGUGCCCAGUUUGUCGCCCAUGGUGCCACUGGAAAGGGCAACGACCAGAUACGUUUUGAGCUCACAUACCACUCCCUCUGCCCUGAUAUCAAGAUCAUUGCACCGUGGAGGAUCCCCGAGUUCUACAAUCGCUUCCGGGGGAGAACAGACCUGAUGGAGUAUGCAAAGAAACACGGCAUCCCCGUGCCUGUCACUCCUCGGGCCCCCUGGAGCAUGGACGCCAACCUCAUGCACGUAAGCUACGAGUCUGGCAUCCUUGAGAAUCCCAAGAGCCAUGCACCAGAUGACCUAUACCUGAUGACCAAGAACCCAACAGAUUCUCCCACCACCCCUGAUGUGCUGGAGAUCGAGUUCAGAAACGGAGUGCCUGUCAAGGUGACCAACCUGAAGGACAGCAAAUCUAAGGACUUGCCACUUGACAUCUUCUCAUUGCUUAAUGAGAUUGGAGGAAAGCAUGGUGUGGGCCGCAUUGACAUCGUAGAGAACCGUUUCAUUGGAAUGAAAUCCAGAGGUAAGGAAUUAAAAAUUUACAUUUGA